CGGGCGGGCGGGCGGCGGGCCAUGCCCGGGGCCGGGGCCGCGGCUGCGGCCGGUGCCGGGGCCUGGGACGGGCCGCAGCGGCGCGCCUGGCUCCGGCACUACUACAGCCAGCGGCAGAAACGGCUCAUGACGCUCCUGAUCGCUCGCCGGAGGAGAACCAGCUGCUACUUCUACCCCCGCGCCUGGCCCAGCGUCAGGGGCCCGGACUGGUGGGAGCGGGUGGUCCUGAAGGAGUUUGGGCCCCAGGACUGGCUGGAGAAGUUUCGGAUGUCCAAGGAGACCUUUUUCUAUGUCUGCAACCAGCUGCGGCCAGGGCUGGCUCCGCACAGCGCCCACUUCCACCCCACCCUGCCCCUGGAGAAGAGGGUGGCCGUGGCCCUUUGGCACUUGGCCACCAACGUGGAGUACCAGACUCUCAGCCCGCUCUUCGGCGUGGGGCCCUCCACAGUGCAAACGUGUGUCCGGGAGGUGAGCUACGCCGUCGUCUUGCUGCUGAAGCCCCUCUACCUCCGCCUGCCCAACGAGAAGGAGCUGGAGAACAUGGUGCGCAUCUUCCGCACCCGCUGGGGCUUCCCGCACUGCAUCGGGGCCCUGGACAGCCUUCACAUCCCCAUCCACCCGCCCCUGCGCCUCAGCGCCGACUACUGCAACGGCCAGGGCUGGCACUCCAUCCUGACCCAGGCCACCGUGGACGGGCUGGGCCAGUUCUGGGAUGUCUCCACCGCCUUCCCAGGCAGCAUGGAGAACAGCGCGGUCCUGGAGAGCUCCAGCCUGUGGGUGCUGGCCAAGGAGGGCCGGCUGUGCCCCAACCCUCCCAAGCACUUCAUGGGGAAGGCGCAGAAGUACGUGCUGCUGGGCGACGCCACCUACCCCUUGCAAGACUGGAUCCUCAAGCCCUACCAGGAGGACAAGAACCUCACCCAGCGGCAGCUGCGGUUCAACUACCGCCUGAAGCGGGCGCACAGCGUGAUUGAGAACGCCUUCCUGCGCCUGAAGGCGCGCUGGCAGAUCCUCCUGAAGUGCGACGACUGCAGCCUGGAGCUGCUGCCCACCCUCGUCCUCGCCUGCUGCAUCCUGCACAACAUCUGUGAAGCCCACGACAACCCCUUCAACGAGGAGUGGCUGGAGGGCACCGAGCCGACCGAGCUGCCCAAGCCCUGCCAGCCCGCACCCGCCGCCAUGGAGGACGGCCGGGCCGAGCAAGUGCGCGAGCUGAUGUGCCAGUACUUCGAGAGCUGCGGGGAGGGCUGACGGGGCCAGCGGGGUGCAGCAGCCCUGCGCAUCCUCGCUCACAGACUUCCCACGGACUCCAGCAAACAUUGGCCCAGCAGUUCUUGGCUGUGCGGAAAAGGACUGGACCCUCUCGCCUCUGCCGACAGCUGCCAGCUGCACCGGCUGGGAGGGGAGGGAGGGGUGGCUGCGUCGCGCUCAUGCUGGUUUUGCCGAGGUGGUUUUGGGCAGUGGAAUGCAUUUUGUGCCCUUGCUCUCUUCCAGGAUUUGAGCUGUCUGGUGGUGUGUUGUAUGCUGCGCAAGUAAAGUGGGGAUAGGGGCUGGGUGAGGGAGAGGGCUGCCUGGGGCUCCCUUUCCUGGGAGCACGGCUCUGGCCCGAGGCCCCUCCGUCAGGAGGCUUGAAAU